AACUUAUGGUGCUUUAUAAAUUAAUUGGGGACGGAUUUACUAAUACUAUGGUUUGCCAGCUUUACAGAGAUGGGAAAAUGUAUGUGUGCAAUUGUUUUUGUUUGACUGUAUCAGCCAUCAAUUAGGAAAGGAAAAUUGACCUGUGAAAUUUGAUGAUAUGCACACUAUAGGUUGUUGGUUGUCCAUCUUCUUCAUCCUUCCAAUAGUAACUUGUCCUGUUGCUGAAGACUUGUUUAACUGGAAAGCAACCAUCACGGGGCCCGCAGACAGCCCAUACUCUGGAGGUUUAUUCCUUGUUGCUAUCCGCUUCCCUCCUGACUAUCCCUUCAAGCCCCCCAAGGUUACUCUUAAGACCGAGAUUUUUCAUCCCAACAUCGAUGAAUAUGGGAACAUAUGCCUCGACAUUCUUAAAGAACAAUGGAGCCCGGCAAUUACUAUUUCCAAGGUGCUGGUAUCAAUUUGUUUGUUGCUGAGUAAUCCAAAUGCUGAUGAACCACUUAUACCUGAGAUAGGCAACAUGUAUAAGACUGACAGGGCCAAGUACGAGUCCAAUGCCCGUGGUUGGACACGGAUACAUGCUAUGGGAUAGAGAGAGAGGUGUCAGUGUCACAGUCAUUGUAUUAUAAAACUUUGAAUUUGGAUCUAUUUGAUUCCCUCUAGCAUCUUAUUCCCAUGAUGUUUUUGUUUGUCUUGUAAAAUUUGCCAUUCCUAAAUUUUCUAUGGUGCUAUUAAGUAUUAACCAACCAGUUAAUGUAUCUCAGUCCUUUUAUUU